AUGCCAGAGGACCCUGAUGAGCUGGUGGUUCUGGAGGAGAUCCAACAAGAACUGAUCUUACAAGAACAGUUGGUUAUAGAAGAGUACGAGCGAAGUCUGCAGUUUGAUGAAGAAUGUCUCAAUGCGAUGCUUGAUGGCUUGGAUGCCAGCGACAAGGUCGUCUGCCCAGUGUGCAGAAAGAAUAACCUGACUGUGAGGAAUCACUUGGUUUUCUGCCAGUGCGGAUUACACAUCAGCACGCAGGGUAUGACGGAGGAGAAGCUUCGGUCACUUCUAGAAAACACUCUCACAGAGCACAGCUACAGGUGCUUUCACAACCCGGAGUUCACAGUUACCAGCGGGAUGGAGGAGGAAGCCAGUCUUCUCAUGAGCUGCCCGGUCUGCGACUCGUGGACGAUUCUCCUGUAA